AUGUCUUUCAACGAAGAUGUUUCCAUCUUGACAGGCCUGACAUCGAGUCCGUCGAUGUGCCUUGUCGCUCCUCAGGGGCCAUCACAUCUUCACAAUGUGAACCGUCAUCCCGCCGCAACUCCUUUGAUGGUGUACAUCCCGCCCUUCUCACCAACCCCGGGAUACCUGACCCCCAUCCCCCACUUCCUCAUGCCGUACCCAACGGCCGUCAUCAACUACCGAUGGUCCCCGUCCCGGUCCGAGUCUCCGGUCUCCACCCCACCGGAAGCCGAACACGACCCAGAACCCGACUUCAACUUCACCACGCCUCUCACAUGGCCCACCCCCUUACACGACGUCCUCGCCGGGUAUACCUGGAUCACAGAAAACCUCCUACCGUCCGGCACCAACUCCCGCCGCGACAUUUACGUCUACAGCUCCCACGCCGGCGCCAGCAUCGCCACCUCUCUAGCCCUGACUGAGUCCCAUCACCAUGCCCGCAUGGCCGUCCGUGGACUGAUCGCCUGGAACGGCAUCUACAACUGGUCCAUGUUUCUCCCGGACCACAAGAUCAACAGGCCCGCCACCGCGCGCAGCAAGAAACUCCCGCCACGGCCUGAGGAAGGGUCGGCGCUGCAUAUGCUGCAGAUGAAGAUGGAGAACCUGUUUCGCUCACCGGUAGACCUGUUCGACCCGUUUGUGAGCCCUAGUCUUCUCUUCCAGACGCCCGGCAUGAACGCGCCGUCAAGCUUCAUGCAGGCGGCGGCCGUGUCGUCGUUAUUGGAACGGCUUUCCUCUGUCAACCCGGACGUGAAGCCGGCUGAUAUCCUUGGCUUUACAGAAGGGGUGAUGAUGGCAGCGCCGAGGCGGAGUGCGCUUGUGUUCCCGCCGAGAAAGUCGACGCUCAAGCUGCCUCAUGCUUUGUUACUCCAUGAUACCCCGACUGAACCUGUGACGAGGCGUAAGACGACGACGAGGAAAAGCAGCUUGGCAUCUUCCAUGGCUGGAGAACUCGCUUCUAGGACGGCGAGGAGACGGAAGGUGGCAGGGCACACGUUUGAAGCCCAGGCUACGGAGCUGGCGGGGUUGAUGAGGCGGAGCUUGGAGAAGCUUGAGUUCAAGGCAAGACUGCAGUGGGACGAAGAUUUUGACGUGGAGGCUGAGGCUGAGAGACGGGUGACCGUCGUCGAGGUUGGUAAGAACGAGGGUCUUGAGCUUGGUGAGCGUGGGGAGGAUGCCAUUGCCGAGUGGUUGGAGGACAGGAUACCAAGACGUGGUCAUCAGGGGGUUGACUCUGAGCUCUCAGUAGCCGGUCCAUCCACACAAUUUGGGGCUGCUGUGCGCAAGUUCACCUACCUGCCUCACCUCCAUGCUCCACACCCGGAUGUCUUUUCCAUCUCCCGUCCAUACCCUCAUGAGGCGCUCCAACUCGCUUUGCUUUCACCAGAUGAGGCGGUACCGCUAGAUCAAGUGCACUUGGUCUAG